UGACAUCCGUUGACGCUAGUGGCGGCGCGCCGUUGGUUGAGUUAGCGGUAGAACCGAGGAAUCGAACGUGGAGGCCGGGACCUUUUUCAGUCGCUAUGCCUUACGCCAACCAGCCUACGGUGCGAAUCACCGAGCUCACGGACGAGAACGUCAAGUUUAUUAUCGAGAAUACGGACCUGGCAGUGGCCAAUUCCAUCCGUAGAGUCUUCAUCGCCGAGGUGCCCAUCAUAGCCAUAGACUGGGUCCAGAUUGAUGCCAACUCUUCAGUUCUUCAUGAUGAGUUCAUUGCCCACCGACUUGGAUUAAUCCCUCUUACAAGUGAUGACAUUGUAGAUAAGCUGCAAUACUCCAGGGACUGUACGUGUGAAGAGUUUUGCCCUGAGUGCUCAGUAGAGUUUACGCUUGAUGUCCGUUGCAAUGAAGACCAGACCCGCCAUGUCACAUCUCGGGAUCUCAUUUCUAAUACCCCUCGAGUCAUUCCGGUGACAUCCCGGAGUAGAGACAAUGACCCCAGUGACUAUGUGGAACAGGAUGACAUCCUCAUUGUCAAACUCCGGAAAGGCCAGGAACUGAGAUUACGAGCCUAUGCUAAAAAGGGCUUUGGCAAGGAGCAUGCUAAAUGGAACCCUACAGCUGGAGUAGCCUUUGAGUAUGACCCAGAUAAUGCUCUGAGGCAUACAGUCUACCCAAAGCCAGAAGAAUGGCCAAAGAGUGAGUACUCUGAGAUUGACGAAGAUGAAGCCCAAGCUCCCUAUGACCCCAAUGGCAAACCAGAGAGGUUCUACUACAAUGUGGAAUCCUGUGGCUCUCUUCGCCCUGAAACCAUCGUCCUUUCUGCUUUGUCUGGUUUGAAGAAGAAGUUGAGUGACCUUCAGACCCAGCUAACCCACGAGAUCCAGAGUGAUGUCCUGACUAUAAACUAGCAGUAGCCAUUUCUAUCAGAAACGGAGCUUGAGGAUAAUGGAGAGACUUCUAAACUGACUUUCCGUUUGCCACUGGAAAGUGGACUAAAAUUUAGCCUCUUGAAAGUCCUGGCUAGCACAUUGCAGCUUUUAAGCCUGUUGUCAGUUUGGGAUGUAAUUCACCCAGGAAGCAAUCAAUGGGAAGGAGAGGUGAGAAGCUUCACUUCCCACAAAGUUUCAUCCUGGUCAGCUUGGGUUGAUUUGUUCCCUUAGAAUGAACAGCAAAUAAAAAAAAAACCUUUUCUCUGCUGGGGAUGAGCAAAGGUUUUAGAAGAUGA